AUGUUUUCGACCCUUCAAGAGUAUCACCAAGCAAUCAUCUCAGCAGCGUGGAUGAUCAUUCUAUCCCUCAUCCCGCAAGACCUAGUGCGGGCUGGAGCCGUCCUCCUCGGUGUUCUUAUAUGUCUGCACGCUAUGCGCCCACGAACCCUCAUGAAAACAAUUCAACUUCGACUGUCAUCCUUGGAGGAAAAGUUACAGGACGCCGUCGAUAGUGGAAUCAUGCGUCAAUCGGAUACAACUUUUACUAAUCAAUUUACCAGGGACAUAAGAAGAAUCCGCUACAUGACUUUUGAGCUCUAUGAGAGGACGCUCAUGACGUCUGGCGGAAUUUUUCAGGAGAUGAAGGCCGUUUGGGAGGGUCUCUCACUCGAGAUUAACGAGUGCAUUCGCGAUGUUGAUGCCCUAGAAAGGGACCUCGAAAUAAACCGUGCAAAAAUCCUAAAGAACCGCUAUUACUCGUGGAAGUGA